ACGCGUGUCUUGAAUGAUAUGGCUGUCCCUCAUACAUUAGGCUUCGAUGAGAAUAAUCAUUAUCUCUGCGAUACCCGGCUCGUUUUUCUUCUUUUGAAUGAGGAUCUGGCUGUACACAGGUAGCGACGGAGUGACCGCUAGGACCUACGCGUGUCGCGUCCAUUGUCUUUGUCGAGUGGCACAAUGAGCAAGGUCCUUGCAUGGCUGAAGCACGGGGUCGUUAUGUGCAACGACUGCAGUUCGAACGACCAUCCUCCCCGCUGCUAAAACACGUCCGGCACGACAAUCGACAGCCAGGAAGACCUUUCAUUAUGCGAGCUCGUUUGAAUGACCACUUUAUUACAGAACACCUUCGCCGCCUCAAAGGCAGUCUUUAUGGAAUGUGGGCGAGCGAUCGCUACUCUGACCUUAUAAAUAACAUCAAGAGGACGAACAACCGCUCCAUGGAUAGUGUUUACCAGCAUGUCUGCGACCUGCUGAACUCUAUGAGCUACACCAUAUACCAACACCUCAAAGAACAUGAAAGAAUAUGCGAAUCUGCUCUCCCAAUUCUCUUUCUGGACUACCAUAAUACGGCUCCAACACUUCAUUUCGAAAAGUUGGAAUACAGUCCCCAGAUUGUUGGCAUCCGAGCAACGCCACAGCAAGUCCAAAAGUCCAAACUUAGACGACACGCGAAGACCUCGCCGGUCCCAUACUGCUUUGUUGAGACGGUUGCCGAGUUCAAGUCGGACCCGGAUAUCGACCCCAAAUGCUUCAAGUACGCCAAACAGCUUCUAGCGGCCCGUCCUGACAUGCCUAGUGUCUAUACUCUGGCGAUUCGUCCUGACGGAUACUACGUUCUCUGGAAUGAUUCUUCAAACAAAGAACAAUCGUUUUUCCAUUCAUGGCGAAACUUGGAACUGCUUGCUGCUUACUUCAAUACGCUAUACCAAGGGAUGCCUGGCACUACUCACCUUACGCAGGAUCCAACCUGCAGUAGACCGCGUAUCUCCCCCGUUACUGGCCAACCUACUUGGAUCAUACGCCACAAUGGGCAAUCCUAUGAGAACUGCGAACAUAUCUUUGCAGGUUACGUCCGAGGAAAGCGUACCAAGGUCUGGUUCUCGUCGGACUCUGGACACCGCGAUAGCAAAAGGUUCUAUGUCAUCAAGGAAGCGUAUCAACAUGACUCUAGAGAAGGGGAGUUGCUUUUAGAAGUUCACAGAGGCAAUGCUUUCCCUGGUGUAGUGCGAUUCGUACAUGCUGGUCCGGUUACCUUCAAGGACGAGGGGACGGAAUGUCAUGUUAGCACUCUCAAACUUGAGGAUGACACCGAAGUGACGAAGCGGCGACUUAUACUGGCUAGUCUUGGAACUAAUCUAGAUGAUGCUAAGACCAUGAAGGACAUUUUGAUGGCUCUAUAUGACGCGUUAGAAGUUCAUCGUGGCCUAGUCGAUAAACACUUCUUGCAUCGCGACAUGACUGCGAAUAACAUCCUAAUAUACCCAAGACAUUCGGAACGAGGAUACCCCGGCUGGAAUAAGUACCUCUUGAAAAUCCCACACAAAUUUAUUGACGAAAUUCUUGGAACUCCCCACAAACAUGUUGACAAGUCUCGUUGUCUCCUUAUUGACAUGGACUAUGCAGUGCGAAUGACAGAAGUCGAGACUGGUCGAUUUGAUGGUCCUAGUGAACGAAAAUGUGCCGUGGGCACGUCAUCGUUUGUCGCGCGGUCAGUUUCAUUGAGAAGAACCCGCUGGGAUGAUAAGAAAUAUCGUCCAAUGCCUGAACUGACGGAACGUGCCAAGGAGCUGUAUCUAGCGGCAUAUGGGCAAGAGAAAUACUCGCAAUACUGUGACAAGAAUGGCACAUUCCACGCGGGUCGUGAAGUCCAAGAAGACGAUGACAUCUGUGUUCGUCCAUUCCUACACAAACCCGAACACGAUGCGGAGUCGGUCUUCUGGGUUCUUAUCUGGUACUGUCUACGAGCUCUCCCAAAGGGUUGUGACGAGGAAUGGACUGUUGAGAUCUCUAACGCAUGGAAGGACUUAUCCGAUCACCAUCUCGGCAGGCCUGAGACACGCGGCGACUUCUUCAAAUUCACUGCCCAGGAAUACAAAGGCAUCCUUCAUUCUAAGUUAUCGUCUUUGGCACCCCUGUUGCAUUCUCUGGCGGCGCAGGUUUUCCCGGACUACGAAUACCUCAAGCCUACGCCACCUGAGGACCAUCUGCAUGAAGCGAUGCGUCGAUUGCUUCUGCAGUUCAUUGUCGGCAUGGAUGAUCCCAUAGAGUUGACACCUGGAGUAUCGCGACAAGACGUCGCCCGGGCUCGGCCUACUACAGUGCGACCUCCUACCCCGCCGCUUCCACCGCCAAAACCACCAACGCCGCCACCAGCUCCCCAACCUUCUCCAGCAAAACGCAAGCGUAGGGUGCAACCUGACCGGAAAGCGAAGAAAGCACGCCUUGCAUGAUAUCUCUCGAACGUCAAGUGGCAUGCGUCUCGUAUCGCCAAUAGAUUAUUCUUAUUUAUUCCUUGUCCUUCAUAACACCUCCGGACAUUCCAAGGACCGGAGUACUUAUGUGCAUUCGCCUUAGGGAAAUCCGCCAUAAACGCGUGAAUUUAUCAUCUGAACUA